CUUAGCCUUUCACUCCCCCGUACUAUUUGUUUGAAGCUUCCCACGUCUGCAGAUAGCCAUCGCCGCAACGCUUCAGCACGCUACAAGCUGCAGGCUACCCACAAAUUCGAUCCGUUUCUGCGAAGAAUUGUCGCGCGAUAACCUCGGACAUCAUGUCGCUUUGUAUGAACAGACUGUCUGAGGAGAGGAAGCAAUGGCGACGCGACCACCCCUUCGGCUUCUUUGCAAAACCCAUGCGCAACACCCAAGGUGUCAUGGAUCUCAAGAAGUGGGAGUGCGGUGUGCCUGGCAAAGAAAAGACUAUGUGGGAGGGUGGGCUAUUUAAGCUCGAGGUUACGUUUCCUGAUGAGUACCCAACCAAGCCACCGAAGUGUAAAUUCGUCCCCCCGCUCUUCCACCCAAACGUCUAUCCCUCCGGCACCGUUUGUCUGAGUAUCCUGAACGAGGAAGAAGGCUGGAAGCCUGCCAUCACGAUAAAGGAAAUCCUGCUGGGCAUCCAGUCACUGCUUGACGAGCCAAACCCUGAGUCCCCUGCACAAGCGGAUGCGUUCAACCUCUUUAAAAAGGACAAGGCUGCCUAUGAGAAGAAGAUACGUAGUCUGGUGAAAGAAAAUCCUGCGCCGUAGCUGCAGUAGCUGCACCUCUACCAUGUUGCGUAUCUGUGCGUGGUCCACAGGCAAAAUAAAUGGACGAUGGGCGGAGGGGCCAUAUGGCUGCUGGUUUCUUUCGGAUUGAUUUCAAGACAUUAUGAUCACUGGACGGGGGCGUGUUACGGAGUGGCACUUACGGCCUCGGGCGUUUAAAGGUGGCUGUCGAAUUCUUGAUGGGUUUCUCUUCGACUCGGAGGGUCCAAGAGGCGGAUACCCUCCUUUCUGAGCUACAUAGGUCUUUUUUGAGCCACAAUAGUUCCUUGCAGGAUAUCUUGCUGCUGCAUUGGCACAAAUUCUACUGGUUAGUACUCGAGAUUCUUAGACCUAUUUGAUGAACAAU